CAUCCAGAUGACUUCGAAACACAAGAACAACAUGUCGCCAAAGUGCAUAAGAGAGUUGCCCGAAGUUUAGCAAAGGUAAAAGCAACUCCAUCAGACCACGACCUUGUAUUAGAUCCGAUGGCAUUCGAACACUAUGACGAUGAUGAAGAAACCUAUGAAGGUGCCUACGACGAUGUCGACGAACCUUAUGCACAAACCUAUGCAUCUCGUCCUAAACGAAUAUAUUGUCGCGAACAAUGCACGACACCAAAAAAACGAUGUUAUAGAGACGGAGCAGGAGCUAUUCUAAAAGAACGGAAAGUCGUGGAGUACGAGAUACCACAAGAAGUCCAUUAUGAAAGAAAGUGCAAAAUGGAACAUGAUGCAAGGGAAGAAGAAAUUUAUAACGGCGACAAAUUAUCUGCCGAUGUUGCAGUCGCCGAGUCAAUUGAAAAAUCUAGCACAUCCGUUUCGAAGGUUGGUGCACAAGGGUCAUUGCCGCCAUCCAAACAAAAUAAAGGACAAGGUGCAAAAACGCAACAGGCGCCGAAAGGAUCUUCGGGUACAGGAACGAGCGCAAGCACCGGAAGCACAAAGAAUGGGAAGCAGAACGAUGCCGUUAAAAUGAAACCCGGAAGAGACUUUAGUAGACGGAAAUUGGCCACAUAUAUUCUAUAUAGGUACUGCAAGUUCUUCGUUGCGGCUAUUGUCAUUUACUGUGCAAUAAUGGUGGAAUGGGUGUACUCAGUAUGUUUUCACUUCUGCUAUUCCGGUGCUGCUACCGAAAGCGAAGGCAAAAAUGCCGAAGAAAGUUUUGAAAGCACAAAAUUGCGUCCGAAGGAAUAUCACAAAGCGCAACUGCUCCGGAAAAAUCAGAGGUAA